AAUCUCCACCUGGCAAGCCAUCACCGGUCAUUUUCCCAUCUCCGGCCACUGUAUCCCCGGUAAACUCCGCCGGCCUUAAACCCUAAACCCUACCAUAAUCGGCCGGUUUUUCCGGAGGCUAAUCCGCUUUCGGAGAUUGUCUCUUGUCGAACAAGUUUUGAGCGUUCUCUCUCUCCCACACACAAAACCGCUCCGUUUUUAAACUCAUAGAUCGAAUGCUUCCGAUAUGAUUGGUUAGUUUCGUGUAAUCGGAAAAUCUCAAGGAAGAAGAAUUUCGCUUGAGCAUAAGAGAUCGAUUAAACUGUGAAAAUGUCUGUUGGUUUGAGACGAUUUGUUCAAAGAGGAAUCAAUUCAGGGUUCCAAGUGAAAUCGAUGAAGAACAACGGUUUUAGCAAUUCUUUGUUGGUGCCGAAUCGUUGUGAUUACAAUUUCAGAAGACAUCUCUCUCAGCUCGUAAACCCUAAGGGUGUGCGUAUCUGUCUCGUUGAUACUUUGGCCCUGGUAAGAAGAUUAGAAGCACAAGGUGUUCCUUCGAAACAGGCUGAAGCAAUAACAUCUGCUAUCACUGAGGUUCUUAAUGACAGUUUGGAAAGUGUAGCGGAUACAUUUACCUCAAAUGCUGAUAUGCAGAAAACAGUGAUGCUUCAAGAAGCACAUCUUUCCAAGUUCAAAUCCGAAGUACAAAGUUCGCAGGAACAUCACUUCUCUUCAUUGCAACGCGAAACUGAAAAGUUGCGGACUGAUAUAGACAAAAUGCGAAGUGAAUUGAGGUACGAGAUCGACAAGGUCACUGCAGGUCAACGCUUGGAUUUAAAUCUUGAAAGAGGGCGUAUUCGCGAUGAGCUUGCUAAUCAGAAUGCAGAAACCACCAACCUCACUAACAAGCUUGAUCGAGAAAUUCAUGGGUUAAGAGCUCAAGUGGAAGCAGCAAAGUAUGAUGUAAUCAAAUAUUGCAUAGGAACCCUUAUCUCGAUAUCGGCCGUUGGUCUUGCCGUCAUUCGUAUACUUAUGUAGUACGAUUUCAUGCAUCAACUUACUUAACCGCAAAAUAUUCGUUCCUAUUCUUCUUUAGAGUCGUUCGUAUAGGAUUCAUCAUUGAUAAGUAUUGAUGUGCAUUUUUUAGAUUGAAGCAACUUUGAAGUAUACCAUGCAUUGAGUCGGGAAUUCUUGAAGUAUACGAUACAUUGAGUCGGGAAUUCUUUCGAUAUAACAUCAUAUUGUACUAAUAUUUUUUUUUUGUAUAAAUAUACGUUAGUACCGUAAACAAGUUGUCAAACGUUUGGUAAUGCCAG